UCCACCCAAAUGACCACGGUAGAGGAGAAGGAGGAACCAAUCGCGGAAGCCUCGCCAGCCAAGCAGGCUAAGUUAGCGGAGGCCGAGAGUAGUGUGGGCUCGCUCCGAAGCGAGGCCAUUCGUCGCAAGGAGCGCUUAAUCGAAUUGCGCAAAAUGGCCCAAAACAAGGGUCUGUCUACGACCAGUGUGGCCUUGGACACUGAAGGCGAGCUGCCGAAACCUAUCUUCCGCAAUUACAAGCCCGUCUCCGACGAACUCAAACCGGGCCAACUCCCUGAGGGCUCAAUCGUCAACUUCACUAAUCACCAUUUUGCCACGAGCUUCUCAAACCCAGUGAAAGUGGGCACUGACUUCCAUCGUACUCAGCUGAACACUUGGGGGAGUGAAGCGCGCAGCACCGACCACCGCCAGCAGGUGUUGUGCGUCUUCACGACCAAUCGCCCAGCAUUCUCCCCGAUCUCUCCUGAUAAAAAGCCUGCUGCAGUGGACGUUCAUGUCGCGGAACAGUUGGAGGCAGCAAAAGCACAAUCAGUUGUCGAUGAAGUGAAUCUGUUCAAUCUGGCACCUCGGAAACCGGAUUGGGAUUUGAAACGGGGUGUGGAGAAGAAGCUUAGGAAACUGGAACGACGCACACAACGGGUCAUUGCCGAGUUAAUUCGUGAGUAA